AUGUACAUACCCCCAACUGCCCCCCAGCAUGGCUUCGGUGGUCCAACCUACCGGCCAGCCCAGCCGAUGGCGCCCCACGCAGCCUACCAGGCGGACGAUAAACAUGCUGGAAAGUCGAAGGACCCGGUACUGACAAUCUCCAGAUGGUUUAAGACGCGGAGUUCCAAGGAGAAGCUGUACCUGGGCAUUGGCGCUGCCGUGGUUGUCCUGCUCCUCAUGUGGUUUGUGAUCGAGGACCACGACUCGCUGUUUGUCAUGUCGGAGGGCGUGCACUUCCUGGGCAUCGGUGUGCUGGCCUACAAGAUCAUCCGCAAGCGCAACUGCGGCGGGCUGUCGCUGCGCUCGCAGGAGCUGACCGCGCUGUUCCUGGCCACCCGCCUCUUCUGCUCCUUCAUGAUGGAGUACGACAUCCACACCCUGCUGGACCUGCUCACCCUCCUGGCCACGGGCUGGGUGGUGUACACGCUGCGCGGCCCGCUGCGCGAGUCGUACCAGCGCGAACUGGAUGGCCUGAACCCGCUGAUCAUCCUGGUGCCCUGCCUGCUCUUGGCCGUGGUGGCGCACCCGGGCACGCGCCACGCCUACGCCUUCAAGAUCCUGUGGGCCUUCUGCGUGUACCUGGAGGCGGUGUCGGUGCUGCCCCAGCUGCGCAUGAUGCAGAAGGCCAAGGUGGUGGAGAAGUUCACCGCGCACUACGUCUUCGCGCUGGGCCUGUCGCGCUUCAUCUCCUGCGCCCACUGGGUGCUCCAGAUCCUGGACGGCGACAAGUACCUCUGGCAGGCGCUGGGCUCCGGCAUCUGGCCCAUCAUGGUCCUGGUCUCCGAGGUGGUCCAGACCUUCAUCCUCGCCGACUUCUGUUACUACUACGUGAAGAGUUAUGCGGAGGGCACGGGCAUUAUCCACCUCCCCGCAGGCAUCGUGUAG